AAGUGGAUGGUGGAGGGAGGACCGGAGACUGCGGGAUAAACAAACACACGCAGCGGCUCUUCACUCACCUGCUGCCGCCGUCGCAGCUCCACGUUUGGCCCGGGGUUAGAACACCCAGGAACAGGGAGAGUAACCCGGGAUACCCUCCUCCUCAUCCCGCCUUUUCGUCCCCCCUGGAGGCGGCGGUUUAUGUGACUCGCUUCCCGGCGGAGAACCGAACGAGACAUGACUGAGCUGAGGAAGCGAGGCGGCGGCGGAGGUGACACCGACAGCACCGACAACAUCAGCGACAAGGAGGCCGAUGGUGAUGACAGGCUGGGUCUGCAAGGUGACGCAGAGGGAGAGUGUGACAUUGACUCCAAAGCAGACACUCCAGAUGUUCCUCUCUCCACAGCAGACACAGACAACACUCCACAAUGCCUGAACAAAGCUCUGGAGGGCCUUCCGCCCAGAUGGAAGAACUACUGGAUACGAGGGGUUCUGUCGUUAGCCAUGAUUUCAGGCUUUUUCCUCAUCAUCUACAUGGGACCUGUCACUCUUUUAUUAGUGGUCAUGACCGUCCAGAUCAAGUGUUUUCAAGAAAUCAUCGACAUCGGGUACAGAGUUUACCGUUCCUACGAGCUGCCCUGGUUCAGGACUCUGUGCUGGUACUUCCUGAUCUGCGUCAACUACUUCUUCUACGGUGAAACCGUGGCAGACUACUUCGGGGCUCUGGUGCAGAGGGAGGAACCUCUGCAGUUCCUGGCUCGCUAUCACCGCUUCAUCUCCUUUGCUCUGUAUCUUGCAGGUUUCUGCAUGUUUGUGCUGAGUUUAGUGAAGAAACAUUACCGCCUGCAGUUUUAUAUGUUUGCUUGGACCCAUGUGACCCUGUUGAUUGUGGUAACUCAGUCCCACCUUGUCAUUCAGAACCUGUUUGAAGGAAUGAUCUGGUUCAUCGUUCCGAUCUCCAUCGUGAUCUGUAACGACAUCAUGGCCUAUCUGUUUGGAUUCUUCUUUGGGAGGACUCCUCUCAUCAAGCUCUCACCCAAGAAGACCUGGGAGGGCUUCAUCGGCGGUUUCUUCUCCACUGUGGUUUUUGGCUUCAUCCUGGCCUACCUCCUGUCUCAGUUCCAGUACUUUGUUUGUCCUGUGGGAUUCAACAGUGAGACCAACCGCUUCACAGUCGAGUGUGAGCCCUCUGAUAUCUUCGUGAUGCAGGAGUACACACUUCCUGCUGUCAUACAAAACACCCUGACAUGGAAAACCGUGAACCUGUACCCUUUCCAGAUCCACAGCAUCUUCCUCUCGUCCUUCGCGUCGCUCAUCGGGCCGUUUGGCGGCUUCUUUGCCAGCGGCUUCAAGCGAGCCUUCAAAAUCAAAGACUUUGCCAGCACCAUCCCCGGCCACGGCGGCAUCAUGGAUCGCUUCGACUGCCAGUACCUGAUGGCCACCUUCACGCACGUCUACAUAGCCAGCUUCAUCAGGGGUCCGAACCCCAGCAAGGUGCUGCAGCAGCUGCUGAUGCUUCAGCCCGAACAGCAGCUCAGCAUCUUCCACACUCUGCACUCCCAGCUCAGAGAGAGGGGCAUGCUCCCCCCCGCUGCCGCCCAGGCUGAGUGAACGUCCGCCGGCUUCACAGGGUGAUGACGGGGGAGUGUGUGUGUGAUGUUGUGGAUAGUUUGUGUAGGCAUGCACACACACACACACACACACACACACACACUCUCGCACGUAUGCCUGUAUGGUGUGUGUGUGUGAGAUCCCAGGCCCCUCCCUGCUUCCGUCGUCAUCCGGCCGCCUCUUCUCUUCAUUCAACGACAAACCAGCGCGAAAUCACAGCUUGUAACCCGAAGCAACUCUCCGCAUCACAUGGAAUAACCUUAAAGUAGAAAAAAAAACACAAGUGGCUUUGUUGCUUUCCACUUGGAGCGGCACAUUCAACAGCGAACAGGAAGUCCACAAAGACUCACAGACAGAAGAUAAAAUGUCUCAUCACACAAAAAAACUGACUUUAAAGCACACAGCUUCCCGGCGCAGGUGGACGGUGGACGUGCGGUUUCCCUUGCGGACGGCAGAUAUUGCACUGACUUUAGCAGAACAAACAGAUUUAAGGAGCUUUUACCAGCGUGAACUGGGCCCAGAGUGUCGGACACGUGGACCCGAGCUGCAGCCGACGGGCCGUCGACACUCGUCUCUCUGGGGUUUGGGUGAAGUCGUGAUGCAGAAGGGUCGUUAAACACACUGUAAACACUGCUUCCAUGGUGUUUGCUCCAUUUAAUGAUCUCAACCUCAUGUAGCAUGUUCCUGAGCCCCGUGUCAGGCUUCUGCUUGAAUAAGCCAUGUUUGUUGUUUUUCCUCCACAGAGUGAACCGUCAGCUUUUAGGUUUCUGUCCGAAUCUAAGUAAGUCGCACAAAAAGUCAACGGUGUUUGACUGUAGGCAUGUUAACGCAGAAACUAGAGCAUCGGCCUCACACUCAUGUAUUGUACAUAUAUAUACAUUUUGAAAAUAUUUAGCUAAACAAAUACUUAAUAUAUAACUACGUAUGUGACCUGCUGGGGUAAAAAGAUCACUUUUAAAUUAAGAGAAAUAAUAAUAGCAUGAACAAAUUAGAUUUUUAAAAGGUAGGGACGUAGAGUUGAUCUGAGGUUGCUGCUUAUUUAGAGGGUGUGAACUUUAACUAGAGAAUGUAAAAAAUGAUUUAAAGGAAUAGUUCUAACAUUCGUCACACAUCUGUUUUUCUUUCUGAGAAUUAGAUGAGAUGAUAGAUUUCAGAUUUCCUCCUCCUCCUCCUUCUCCUCCUCCUUCUUCUCUUUAUCUAUCAAUCAAUUCGAUUUUAUACAGCCCAUAUUCACAAAUCACAAUCUUUCAACACAUGAUUACAUAUUAUUAUUUACAAAGUUAUAUAUAAAUUCGAAUAAAUUGUAUUUUCAGGGAUGUAAAUCAGCGACUUGACCUGAUUUCAAAGUAAAAAAAAUUAGACCUUCGCCCCGCCCCCAUAACUUCUGUUAGAUUUAUUAACAAAGUAAUUUGCAAACAGUUCAUCGGAGCCAGCGUCGCAUUAGAUGCUUUGUUUUAUUUUAACUUGGUGGAAAAUACCUGAAGUGCAGAGCUACGUCUGUCAGGAAACCUCCCCCGACGUGAGACGGAUCAGCUCUGACUCUCAGGAGGAAACUGAGACGUGUGUUUCAGGAAAUGUUGAACUAUUCCUUAAUUGAAGACUCGUGCUUCCUGCUUUAUUGAUUUAACCAAUGAGUUAAGUUGCACUGUAGCAGUGGACGUGGUGAUGGUGGGUGGAGAUUGACUCUGAACGCUCCCACAUCCUCACUCUUCACUCUUUUACUCUACUUAUGCUUUAAAUCACUGUCGUACGGAUUCAGUUCUGAAUGUAGAUGGAAGAUGUUAUCGAUGAUAACCAAUGUGCUGUAUGACAUGUGCGUGUAUACAGUAUGUGCAGUACUGUACUAACACAUAUCUGAAGUAUAUUGACGGUGGUGGUUUGAUUAGCAAUAUUUUCAUCUUAUGCAAAAUUUAGAUUGGAGGAUCUAACAGGGGAUCUGCAUUGUUUCUCAUUUGGACGAUGAGUUCCAGAGCUCUUCAGAGAUGAUGUCAACCAAAGCCCUGUGUGAUUAACACUGAUUUCCCUCGAUUACUGAAAAAGGCUCCGGGGUCCAGGUCCUCGUCUCCGUGCUGUUCCGACAUCUUCUCCUCAGCGAGGACGGUUAGGGAGAGAGAGUCUGGAGCCGGAGCACUAACAGUUUCGACUGAGGCCUGUGCAAUGUGUUUAUUUAGUUCUGUUCAAUUCCUGCACAUGUUGGAGGAACAGGAUGUUUUCAUUAGUUUGUCCAGUUUGUCCUUUUCCCUCAUUUGAGGUGAAUGAGGUUUCGGGUGGAUUUUUUUGGGACCAGCUGUGUCGCACUAUACAAAGAUAAAACGAAACCUCGUCAAAACACACACUACUGCUUGACUGGCUUUUCUGUUAGAAACCCUCACUGUCUGAUGUAACACACUGAACAAGAUGAAGCGAAACACGAAGAUGACUUACGCUGAAAUCUGACCAAACAAGAAAUAUCCACUCAAACUGAAAACAGUGAAAUGAUUUGGACGUUUUGAAACUGUUGUCUGGAGUCUGGAGCGUGUCAGCAGACACAUUAUAAUAUGUUAAUUAUACAUCAGUCAAUCCAAGCAUCAAAAAUGUGCUUUAAAAAAUAUUAAAGAUGCUUUUCAAAUAGAAUAGAAAGAGAAACUACCCACCGUUCCAUUCAAUGGUUAGAUUUCUUUUUCUUUUUUGCCUUUGGUCUGUUAAAUAUCCUGUUUGUUUCUUUGGUCCCUAUUUAAAUAUUGUUUGAUUAAGUCAUUUAUUUCUUUGACAAACGUCAAAAAAAGUUCCUUAAAAGUUCCAGGAUGAUGGAAAAUUCUCCAAACCCAAAGAUAUUUAAAUUAAUUUAAUGAUGUUUAACAGGUAAAAACACAAAUUGUUUUAAAAUUAAUCAAUUAGCUAAUUAAGAAACAAUGAAAUUGAGCUAUCGUCAACUUUACCAAAACAAAUACAAGUGAAAUUAACUUUCAACUAGAAGCAUCAAUGAAUUAUUAUAAUUAAGAAUAUUACAUUGACACACUCGAGACGCCAGUUUUACAGAUGAAGUUAAAAUUAGAUUCAAGUAUGAACUAAUUUAUAUUUUUAUUUUAGGUGUAUGAAACACAGCGAUAGAGGUAGGAAAGAGAAAAGAAGUUUUAGAAUCUGAAAAGUCAGGUAAUGCACUGCUGAUGUUUGGUCGCUCGUCUUUUUAAUUGAUCCUUGUUGUGAAUAUUGUUGAUUUGAUUUGGGGAGAAAUUUUUUCUAAUGAAAAUCUAUAGCUUUUUGGAGUGGAUAAUAUUUAAAGGUUAUACUGAGGAAGUAUGCUGUUAAUAUAGGGGCAAUAUGAAGUUAUGUAUAAACCAUGUAUUGAUAUCCUGUUAGGGAUAUUGAAGCUGUUUACUGUAUGGAGGUGAAUAAAGAUUCUUUUCUUUAAAA